AUGACAAACAAUGGCCUAAAUAUGUUUCAAUUUCCACGUCUUACUCGAGAAAAUUAUGAUAGCUGGUGUCGACGCAUGAAAGCCUUACUAGGGUCUCAAGAUGCUUGGGAGAUUGUAGAGAAAGGUUAUUAUAAGCCUCAAGAUAAGGCUAUUUUGUCACAAAAUAAGAAAGAUGCUUUGACAAAGCAAAAGAAGAAAGAUCAACAAGCACUUGCAUUUAUUCAUCAAGGCUUAGAUGAAGCCAUGUUUGAGGUAGUGUCUAAUGCAACCACAAAAACGAACCUUAAAGGGGUUGACAAGGUCAAAAAGGUGCGUUUACAAACUAUACGAGGGGAGUUUGAAUCCUUGCGUAUGAAGGAAGCUAAACCUAUUUCAGAUUUUGUGUCAACAGAUUUAGACUCAAUGUCUGUUGACCAAUUGAUGGAGAGAUUUAAUCGAAGACAAGAAGAGCCUUUGGAGCAAGCACUUAAAACCAAAGUCUCUUUGAAAGAAAAUGGAGGAGAAAAAAAUCAACGAGGACGUGGAAGGGGACAUGGUCAUGGCCAAGGAAGAGGAAGAAGAGGAGAUCAUGAUAAUUUUGACAAUAGGGAUGAUUAUCAACCUACUAGAGGUCGUGGAAAAGGAAAAGGAAGAGGCAGAGGCAAUUUUGGUAGGACAUAUGAAAGGAGGUAUGAUAAAUCUAAAGUUGAAUGUUUCAAUUGUCACAAAUAUGGUCAUUACUCUUGGGAGUGUAGAACAAAUGUUGAAGAGAAGGCCAACCUUAUUGAAGAGAAAGAAGAAGAUGACGAGCCAAUAUUGUUGCUAGCACUUAACAAUGAAGAGAAGCGUGACAAAUGCUUAUGA